AUGACGGGCUCUCAGCCUGAAUCGCCAGCGGAUGCGCCUCAGCGUCCUUUCAGCGGCAUCAUGCGGACCCCCCGAAGCACCAGUCGCUUGAGUAUGAGCAGUAGACACGGUGGAGGAAGUCGGGCAUCGGAUGAGGAUGGGAAAACUGCGGUCAAAGUCGCUGUUCGAGUGCGACCGCCCCUGAAGCCAACCGAUCCCGGAUAUGAAUUGGUUCCCCAGCGCUUCCAGCGUCCCAUGGUCCACGUCACCAAUCCCACCAGUGUUGCCAUCGAUGUCCCACAGGGCCGGAAAUUGUUCGUUUUUGACCGUGUGUUCGCUGAGACGGUCGAUCAGGAUGGCGUCUGGGACUACCUCAGCGAUAGUGUGAGCUCGUUUCUACAGGGAUACAAUGUCUCCAUCCUGGCCUAUGGCCAGUCCGGCGCGGGAAAGUCCUACACCAUGGGAACUUCGGGUCCCAGUGAACAAAGUGACCCGAGAUCGAUGGGAAUCAUUCCUCGGGCGGCUCAGCUUCUCUUUGAAAAACUAGAGGGCCCUGCCAAACCGAAUCGCAACAGCGGCACAGGCCUUCGUACUCCAUCCCGCUAUUCUGUCGGCUCCGCCUCCAGCUUUGGGAAAGCUAGCGUCGAGAAGAACUGGCAGCUGAAGGCUACCUACGUUGAAAUCUACAACGAACAAUUGCGAGAUCUCCUUGUGCCUGAAUCGACACAUCAGGGCGACCGGGGCACGGUCACCAUCCGUGAGGAUGCCAAAGGACGUAUUAUUCUCACGGGUCUACACCAGGUGAAUAUUAACUCAUACGAAGAUCUGAUGGGUGCUCUUAGCUUCGGUUCCUCCAUCCGGCAGACCGAUUCCACCGCGAUUAACGCCAAGUCUUCUCGAUCGCACGCGGUUUUCAGUCUGAACCUUGUUCAGCGGAAGGCAUCCAACGGAGUCAUGUCCCCGACACCCAAAGACAAGCGCAUGUCGAUGCCAGUGGAUAUGAUGUCUGGCUCUGAUGCCUCUGUCAUGGUGGAUAGCAAGCUCCAUUUCGUGGAUUUAGCAGGAAGUGAGAGGUUGAAGAACACCGGGGCCUCUGGUGAACGGGCAAAGGAGGGUAUCUCUAUCAAUGCGGGCCUUGCUGCUUUGGGCAAGGUCAUUUCGCAGCUAUCCUCUCGCCAGGCCGGCGCUCACGUCUCCUAUCGUGACUCGAAGCUCACACGACUGCUCCAGGACUCUCUGGGUGGUAACGCCUAUACAUACAUGAUCGCAUGUGUCAACCCUGCGGAGUUCCAUCUGAGUGAAACCGUGAAUACGGUUCAGUAUGCUCAAAGAGCCAGAGCGAUCCAGAGCAAGCCCCGCAUCCAGCAGAUUGCCGACGAAAGCGACAAGCACGCAGUUAUCGAACGACUAAAGGCGGAGGUCGCUUUCUUGCGCCAGCAGCUCCGUAAUGCGGAAGAGAACGGCCGUCGAAGCGCUGCCCCACAGGAUCGAGCGGAGCGACAGAACGAGAGGGAGGUCGAGCUCCAGAAUCAGCUCCUCGAUACCCAAGAGAGUUACAACGCUCUCAGCCAGCGUCAUGCGAAAUUGAUCUCGGAGAUCGCUAGGGACUCCGAACAUGCUGGCGAGACAGACCCCAAUGAUGUGGUCAGCUUGGUCGGGAAAACUUCUGUUGAACGUCUGAAGCGAUCACAAUCGUUUGCGGAGUCGAUCGAGCAGGUCGUCCUGGAGUACGAGAAGACUAUUCAGAGCCUUGAGUCGUCUCUUUCUAACACUAGGUCCUCGCUCUCAGUGACGGAGAGCACGCUUCUCGAACGCGAAACAAAGUGCGCAUACGUUGAGACUGUCAACUCCCAAUUACAGGCGCGGAUUCAGAAACUGCUUGACCGUGAAAGCAGCACAGAAACCUAUCUGCAUGAGCUGGAAGCGCGGCUUGAUGGCCAGUCUACUGGUGAAGAGAAGCAGGCGGCUAUCGUGGCGGAACUUCGGAAGGAGCUGAGUCGAGCCCGCGAAAGCGAAGCCAACUGCGAAGACUAUAUUUCCACGCUGGAGGAGCGUCUGGCCGAAGCUGAUCAAGAUAUGGAGCUGAUGCAAAGGGAAAUGGAGCGCUUGGAGCAUGUUAUUGAGCGCCAGCGCAGCCUGGGCAAACUGGAUAACCUUUUGUAUGAGCUUGAUCAUGUCCAGCAGAACGGCAACCAGAAGGAGCAGUCCGAGGACGAGCUUGAGACUCAUGUCCCAGUUCCCGCCAAGGGCGCCUACAAACCUCGCACCCGGGCAACAUCCCUUUCCCUCGAUGUCCUGACUGAGGCUGUGGAGACCGCCAUACCCGAAUCGGAUGAAGGCUUGACAGAGCCAGCCCCAGAAGCCGUGCACGAAGCUUCCGUGGAGGCUGAAGCGACUGCUGAGACAGACGAGACCAAUUUGAAGGUCCUAGAAUCGGCUACUGACCGCCUGGAGGCUCAGGAGAACGGUGCCCGUGCGAGUCGAGCUUCUACUCCCACCCAAACCAAGGUCGUUGCGGACAAACUUGAGACGGUCACUCAGGAGUUGUUCGACCUGCGUAUGCAGCACGAGUCUACUGUGAGUGAGUAUGAAAUGCUCGAGGCGAAGUAUGCGGAAGCGAUGAAAGCCCUGGCGGAGUUUCAACGGGACGCUGCCGACGAAGCCCGUCACCCAGACGAAAAGGUUCAGGACCUUCUCUCCACCAACGUCGAAUCUCGCCCGGUGUCUUUUUUAGAGGAAGGCAAGGCCCCCGGCUCGAACGAUGGAAAACAACCGUCGUCCUCGCCAUCACUCUCUUCGGAGUUAUCCUUGGCCGGGGAGCCUGCUUCUUCGCACGAGCAAUCUACCUUGAGUAAUGGCGAGGUCCCGCAGGAGAACCACGUCGACACUCGAGAGAUAGAUGAAGCGAAGGCUCAAGAAGUGGAGCAGAUGCGUCGUUUGCUCAUGGAGCAUCAGGAGGGUGUUUCCAUCAUGUCGCAGAAGUAUGCCCAGUUGCAGUCGGAGCAUGAAGGAACCCUCAGCCUCAUCGAAACACUGAAAGCCGAACUGCAGCGAUCGAAGAAUUCUUCACCGCCGAGCACCCCAGGCUUCAAGUCCCCUGUAAUCCGGAGGAAGACAAGUCAGAGUCUGAUUGGUACGGUCGAUCGGGCUCACCGCUCCCUUGCCGCCUUGCGUAAUAUUGCAGUUGAGGAAUUUGAGGCCCGCCCUGAUACCAUGCAGAACUUCGAAGUCCACCUCGACUCGGCUAUGCACGAACUACACAAUCGCAUGGAACGUAUCCAGGCGCUGGAGGCCGAAAAUCAAAGCGUCAAGAAGGAAAUGGAGACAAAAUCAACCAUCAUCUCUGGACUCACUCGUGAGAGGUCGAGCUUGCAGGGAGGCGGUGGGUCCUCGGUCGACAUGGGCCUGGUCAAUCAACUGCGCGAUCAAGUGGUGCAGCAAGAGAAUCUCAUCAACGAGAUGAAAGAAUCACACGACGCCAGAGAGAAGCAGCUUCUCGCCGAGAUCGAAGAGUUGAAGAGCCUCCUGAAGACCCAGGAAGAAGCGGCUAAAGCCCAGGAUCUGUGCGCUGAAGAGCAAGAGAGAAAGAUUUCUUCUCUCGAAGGAGAGGUCACGGAACUGAAGAGCAAACACCACAAUGCCGUUGAAUCCCUGCAAUCGUCCGAACAGGAACUGAGUGCGACUUUGGCAGAGCUCGACAAGGCAUUGGCGUCUAUUGACGCAAUGCGUUCUGAACAGACGGCUGCCGGUGAAGCCUCUGCCUCAAAGGAUGCUGCUGCUAGAGAGCUGGAGGCCGAGAGGGAGCAACAAGAAGAACUCGUUGCAAAACUGAAGCAUGUUAUUGACGAACAUAAGGCCACCAAUGCUGCCCACCUUGAGAAGAUUGCCUCCCUCGAAAAGUCUCACGGCGAAGCCCAGCUGCAGCUGUCAGAACUUCUGGCAGCAAAGGACAACGAUAGCAACGAGGUUCAAGUACAUCAGUCUCGUGUGUCAGAGUUGGAGAAGGAGAUCGACUCCCACAAGUCCCUUGCUGACUCGUUCAAGAAGGACCUGGAGUCCCUACAAGAGUCACACAAGCAGGAGGUGACGGAACUUGAAGCUCGGGCUACGGCGGCUGCGCAGGGUGACUAUGAGUCGCGUUUCGCCACGAUGAGCGCCGAGCAUGAGGAGGCGAUGAAGACUUUGAGAUCGGAGAUCCUAGAGUCGCGGGAAGAGUUGACGAAAUUGCUCAAUAUGGUUUCUAAACUCCUUAACGCCGACGUUACCGCGGAGACCAUGGCGGAGCAAAUACAGGAAAUCAUGGCUCAGAAGCAGCACUUCUCCGACAAGUAUGCCGAGAUGCUGGAUACCAACGAGGAUUUGCGUAAACAGCUUGAGACCAAGGGAUCCGAUGAAGGCCGGCUGGAGGAGCUCAUGCAGAGCAACUCUAGCAAGGAAGCGAAGGUCAACGAGCUGGCUCUUCUGGUUGCCACCCUCGAAGAUACUCUGCUCCAAAAGGAAGAGCAGGUCAAGAAGAAGGAGGCCAUCAUUGCGGAAGUCAAGGCUGAAAAGGAGAAGAGUGUCCGCUUGGUGGAGGAGUUAGAGGAACAGAUCACCAAUAGCUUCGAUCAGCACCAUAACCGUCUCUCCGUCAUUCAGCAGGAGCGUGACCAGGCAUUGGAAGAUGCCAAGGUGAAGAUUGCAGCCUAUGAGAAGGAUAUUGAGACAUACCGCGUGCGGAUCGAGCAGCUCGAGAUCAAGAACCAAGACAGCUCUCAUGACCGCAGCAGCUCGAUUACGUCCAAUCUCCGUAAGAGCUCAUCUGCAACCUCUCUCCCUUCGCCACCUCCCGCUAUUCCCCUGCCCCCUCUACCGACUAUUGCCUCGGCCACCAACGGUACGGGCAGUAUCUCUCCUCCCAGCUCCCGUCACACUAGUAAGGAGCUGGUGAACCCACAGAUUGUCGAUGAUCAGGAGGCCCGUAUUCGCACCAUCGAGAAGCACCUGAACGCAGAGAAGCAGCUCACUGCCACCUUGGAAGAAGCCCUGGGAGACCUUGAAGCGCAAAGCAACAAGGUCAAGUCAGACUGCGACGCGUGGAAGAAGAAGGCCCGGGAGCUGGAAGAAGAACUGACCACGCUCCGCAAGGAGCGCGCCUCCCAGCGCCUCUCACUGCAGGCCGUCGAAGAGGAACGAAACGCUCGCCGGGAGGCCGAAGCCGCCCGGGCGCAGCUCGAGGAGCGGAUGAAUGCGCUCAAUAAGAAGAAAAAGAAGAGCACUCUCAACUGCUUUUAG